CUGUUAGCUGUUUGCCUCAGGGAAACUGUUUAUGACUUUUGUUCUUAGCGACCGGAGAUGCUUCUGCUUUCUCACAUUCUUUUAAUGAGGUUUGCCAGAUUGGAUUUCAGUGUGCUUUGAACAUUUUGUGCAUAUUUAGAACUGGACCCUUUAGAUCAGACCGCCCAAGAUGGCUAGAGUUCAGAUGAGAACAAGAAUCAAGUGUCAGGAAGGUGGAGACGUGGGAGAACCGAAAUGCAAACGGCGACGGGGCAUAAUGAAGAUUUGUUUAACACAAAGACUUGUCAUGACAUGACAUAUUCACCAAACUGCAGGCUUAAGACGCGCGAGAAUCCCAAACCAGCCAAAGGAAUGACUGGAACCUAAACACUACACGAGACAGUAACUGAUCAGGAAACACAGGAUCCAGAAUCUUAAACUAAAGGGAUGUUUAUGUCUUUAACACCCAAACCAAUCCAUUGAGCUGUGAUCCUGAGACAGUCCGACGGUGGUGGUACGAGGAUGAUGUCAUUGUGGUCAAUGCGUUGAGCUCAAGCUGAGGAUGACUGACUCGUCGCUUCUCAACUCUGAGCUGGAGUCACAGCAACAAGAGGAACUCUACCAGCAGCUGCUGUUCCAGACGAUGGGAAAGCUGCAGGCAGAAGCUCCAGGUUCCACACUAAUCCGGCCUCAACCAGGUCUUUGUGUGAAGACGUUCUCAGAGCCAGAUAAGCAGAAGGUUUUCAUAAACAUCUGCCAGUCGACCUCCGUCCCGCCUCCGCCUGACCUCUCCAGAGAGGAGCUUGUGCAGCUACUCCAGUCGGAGGAUCCCAGCGGAUACAGAGUUCCGAUGAGCCUGGGCGAGCCGCAUGCAGAAACUGACAACAACUCUCAGGGUUGCACAGCCUAUGACGUCGUCAUCAACCAGGACUUCUUCCAGAAGAGUCAGAAGGACCCUCUGUUCCAGCAGUUUGUUAUCUUGGUGUCUGUGGAGGGCCUGGAGAAUAAAUACAGUCUGGAGCUAAACAGAGACUGGAAAGUGCUGAAGAACAGAAAAUUCCUCGGCUCUGUCAGUGAGCAGAACAUCCGGACGAAGAGCAGGCCGGUGAUCCAGGAACUGCAGCCUCAGGAAAACACCCCAGCAUGUGUUAAAAGACCAGAAUGCUCGCUGUUGGUGGAGCCCCCCACUGGACACCCGGAGUACCUCAUUGCAGAGAUAAAGCUCCCUGGAGUGUCAUCAUCUCGCUCUCUGGUUCUGGACGUCGGCGAGGACCGGCUGGUGUUGACGGCGCGACCGUCGCUCUACCACCUGGACAUCUUCCACCCGUUCUUGGUUGACCAGCAGAACAGUGUGGCGCAGUACAACAAGAGCACACAGAUUCUCACUGUCACCAUGCCGGUGGGCUCGUCAACGCCAUGAAGCUGCUGAAGAAUCUUAUUUAUUUUUUCCUACAAAAAAAACGAAAUGCUAUGACAAUUAAAGUUUUUUUUUGUUAAAAGUGAAAUCUGUUUCUAAU